AUGUCAUCCUCAUCAACUUCUUUUUCUUUAUAUUCAGUUAAACUCGCACGCAAUUGUAUACCAUCAUUACAUUUAUUUUCUACACCUCGACAACCGACAACGAUCACACCUAAUAAAUGGCCAGUCGAUCUUAUAGAAGCAGUAUGCAUUGAAGCAUUUGAACUUACGGCGUGUGCUGAACUCAAAGGACAACGAACAAAUACAACCAAUAAUGUGCCAAAAUAA